CUCGACUUGCGGGAGAGCUUCCCAACAACUCAUCAACCACUUUUAUUACCUGAAGACGAGAUCGCUGCAAUAUCCUUCAAGGUGGCCUUCGAGUCUAUAAUCACCUCUUGAAGACGAAAAUGGUUGCGACGCAAAAGCUCUAUCCCCGCGCCACGGUUAAGCGCAUCGUCAAAGCGCAUUCGAAUCGGAGCCUCAGCAAGAACGCGGAUAUCUUGAUCUUCCUUGACUACAUGCUCUUCAUGCAAGAACUCAUGCGCGAAGCAUCUAUACGUUCACGUCGAGCCGGGGAGAAAGGUAUCUCUGCAAAGAGUGUGCGGAAGGUCACUGAGAUGACCCUACGCAAGUUCAAAGGUUGAUCGAUUUUUCGACACGUGUUUUAUAUCUUGUUUGUUAUGGCGCUAUGGCCGGACUACAUUGUUUCUCUUUCUGGGGUACCUGGGAUAAAGGAGUUUCGGGAUUUUGCACAACGCCUCGAGUCUAUGAUAUGAUACCCCCAACGUUGACUAGUUGAAGCAACGUGAAAUAUAAACGCGAUACCAAUGGGAACUCUUCAGCUCCAGCUCCAGCCCAGCUACAUAGGUGGUGCUCGCCA